UGUAGUGCGGCGAGUGAGUGCAAAGCAACGAGCGCCUUCAAGUGGCCACGGCAUUUUAUCAAAUCGCUUUUUUCACCCUCUGGAUAUAUCGGAUAAUCGACGCAACAAGCGGGCAAUGGCGAUUUAUUGAAAAGCCCUCCGAUAAGUAGUUUCCACCAAGAGUGGUUUGAAAAAAUGAUGGACGUUCGCAAAACACGCCACACGUGUUGUCACGUCAUACAAGCGCCAAAAAACAACUUGACGUCACUCUUGCAGUCGAAGGAAGCAUUGGAAUGGCGAACGUUGCACCUACGAAAGGCAAAACUUCGUGAGGCGAAAGGGGCAUCAUACAUACUGGCCGCUUUUUCAAUGUCCACGAUGCAGGAACUGCAAUUGGACAUGGACACCACCGUUCCAGUGUGGCUUUUCACCCUAUUCGCGGUGAACACAGUGACAUUGAUAGCCGUGCACAUCUUCUCGUUAGUGAUCAGCACGUGUCUGCUGCCGAGCAUGGAGGCGGUUGCACAGGAGUACGAACCGCCUCUGCCGGGGGCGGCAAAGGUGUGUCCGGUGCCCGACUUUUCACCUCACAACCGGCUGCGAAAAUUCGUCAACCUGAGCGUCGCCCUGUCCAACGUGUUAGGACUGUUCCUCUUUUUGUUCGAAGUGGCCCUGCUCGCGUGGGUUAAGUUUUGGGACCACUCGAAGGCCGCUUGCUGGGCCGGCUCGUUGAUCAUGGCACCAGUUUUGGUGCUGUUCCUCGCCUUCUGUUGGCAUUUCAACAGGGUGCUGGGCGAGUGUGCGUAUGGAAAGAGGGACCAGGAGAUCCGCGAAAUGCAAGACGAGCUUUCGGCAAACGAAAUUUCGGGACAGACUCGGCAGGGAAGUGUUAAGUUUUCCCUGUCGGAUGAGAUAAUUUCCUACAGACCGUGAUUUUUUUACUGAUAGUGUUGCUUCAAUCGAGCUUAAUGAUUUUAUUGUUAUUCUAUUAUUGAAAGAAAAAACUAAAUCAUAAAUUUAACAUUUAAGGUAGCUAUUUUUAUUGAUAAUUUAUUGUAUUAUUAAACUGUGAUUACCAUGAAGUGAGAGGGUAAAAUUUAAUAUGGAAAAAAUUGCAAUGCGUCUCUCAUUAACUUUUGUAGGCAUUGGAACGUAAAACUUAAAAAAAGGUUUGAUUUUUGCUAACAAAAAUCGCAAAAUCAUUCACUGUGAUCUAAUAAUGAAUUUAUUUUAUUUCAAAAUUCAUGUAUAUAAAUUGCUUUGAAAAAUCAAGGAAAUCAAAUUCAUCAAAAAAUCAUUUAAAAAAAUAAGAAUCAUAGUUAAUUUUUAUUUUGACUACGGCUGUUGACAAAUACAUAUUGUAAUGUAAUAUUCAAAUAAGAAAAGUUGAACUGUUUAAAAAAGUAUCUUGAUAUUUUACAAAACCAAAUAAAAUGUGCAUUUUCCCCGAGCCUUAAGUAAACUUGAGCAACACAUUGGUAAGAGUGAAUUGUGUGAUUGACGUGACGGUCUGAGCUUGACGCGUGUUGAAUUCCUUUACACUCACACACUUUAGGCAAAUCGCGACGGAGCGAGCGGUGAAAAGCUUUCAAAGUGUAAAAUUGACAAUUUCGAGAGGAUCAGAUUGUGUAUUCCGGCCUGGGAAGGAAAAGAGACGAGUGAUGCGGUGGGGGCGCGAUUUGAGUGUGACAGACAGGUCCAAUCUCACCUUUGCUCAGCAAUUUGAAUGGCUGUAGCUGCGGCAAUGGAGUAAAUAUAGUUGGAAAAUAAAAUAAUCUGCCGGCGCGUGGCUAGUUAGUGCGCCUUUCAUUUAUUCCAACUGCAUGUUCGCGCCGUUUUUGUGAGUGUUUUCCCGUGAAAAAGUACGCGAGACCAUUAUGUUGUCUAACAACGUGUUAUCUCGACACUCUCUGCCUGCUUGGCAGCCGCACAAUGGAAUAUUAUUUCAUUUCACAGGACGCGAUUUCUCUCGCCC